GCCAAUGGCGGGUAGCUACAAGAAGGGCGAGGCGGUGCGAAAUGGUGGAGGGAACCGCAGAAAAGGAGCUCCCAAUUUGGACCGGCUGCAAAUGGAAGCCGUUCUCGUUGACACCCUGUUGGACACCCCGCACAACUUCAGAUUCGUCAAUUCACCAACAGACGGCGGAGAGUUUCUGGCUCAAAUGUCCAAAGCCAUCGCGGAGGCACCAUUCAAACGGCGCCGCGCCGAGCCGCAGUUCUCGUGGUUCGCCGAGGCCGACUCGGCGCGCCCGGUGAAGGUGGACCGCGAGCAGCGCGGCCUGCGCCGGCUCUGGGCGGAGCAGCUGCGCCAGCUGCCCGGCGGCUCGCUCGAGGCCGCCCAGGCCGUGGCUGACGUCUACCCCAGCCCGCAGGCGCUGAUCAAGGCCUAUGCAGCGUGCCUGUCUGAACAAGAGCGCCAGGCCCUGGUGGCUGACCUGCCCAUUCGGAGGACGGUCGGCCCGCUCGUCAGCUCCCGUCGUGUCGGCAAGGAAAUGAGUCGGAAGCUCUACCUCGUGAUGUCAUCCACAGAUGGCGCCACGGAAAUAUAAUCGGUGGUUCCUGUGACGU